AUGGCCAGCCCACUUCCGCCCCCGCGUCUAGUUGCUACCGCGCACGAUGCGGCUGGCACGUCAAUCAUUGCAUCAGAUGCUCCAUUGCAGACCUUUUCCCCAUUCGGGCCCAAGGGAAGCGCAUUUGCAGUCAUUCAUAGCGCGCCGAGCGUGCCGGUUUCAAAUACGGAUCUCCAGGCACCGCAGCAAAACACUCUCCCGCGGGUCCCGCCCCAGGGUGUCAUUUUUACGACGGCGGACAUUCCGCCCCAUGGUGGUGAAAGCCCGAUUCAUCGCACUCAAAGCAUGGAUUAUUCCGUUGUCCUUGCGGGAGAAAUUACCAUGAUACUGGACAGCGGCGAGGAAAGGGUCAUCAAGGCGGGAGAACUGAUUCUUCAGCGCGGCACUAUGCAUAGGUGGAGAAAUAAUUCUAACGAGUGGUGCCGCAUCUUGUUUGUCAUGGUGGGAAGCGAAAAGAUUGUGCUGGAAGAUGGAAGAGUCUUGGAGGAGACGAAUAUGCCCCCUCGGGCGUAG